AUGGAGUUUCCCAUUGUCGAGGGGAUCAAAAUGGUCCCAGGGACCGUCCACAUCGUUGACUUGGAGGGCACGAUGGAUGUUAAACAUCAAAAGGGUGGUCAGAAAGACAUCAUUUUGGUGCCGCAGCCAACAAACGAUCCAAAUGACCCACUCAACUGGAGUAGGCUGCGAAAAGAAUAUCAUUUUUGGCUGCUGUGGAUUUGGGGGUUCAUCGCUGCAGUAUCCGUCAACUGGGUAGGACCUGUUUGGCCAAUUGCCAUGAAAAUCGGCAGACGGCCGGUAUACAUCGUUGGUACCGUGCUUAACUUCGCCGGUUGCAUCUUGGGUGCUUUCCAAAACAGAGUGGAAAUGUACUUUGGCGUCAGUAUCCUGACUGGAUUUGGUGCUGCGCCUGUGGACUCUCUUGUUCAAGUUACCACUGCCGACAUUUUCUUUGCUCAUGAGAAAGGCACCCGGCUAAGUUUAUACGUCUUUACAAUCUAUGCUGGCUCAUAUUUGGGCCCCGUGGCAGCUGGAUAUAUUGCGGAUUCUCAAGGCUGGCGAUGGUGCUUCUGGUAUCUCGUCAUUUUCUUCGGUAUCCUGCUAGUGAUCCAAGCGUUCACGAUGGAAGAAUCUGUAUUCCGGAGGCCCCUGCCCCCUUCGGAACUUUCUACAGAUGCUAUGCUAGAAGACAAGCUUCAAGCUGUGGAAAAAGGCGGAGACUCUCUCAUCCACCAUACGGAAUCGGUGGCAUCUUCACCACCGCCUGCAAAAACCUAUUGGCAACGAAUGGGUUUAUACAAUACCAGCUACAGUGAUCCCAGGCCUUUAUGGCUUGUGGCGAUUAGCCCAUUCUUUCUUGUCACCUACCCUGCCGUGAUGUGGGGAGGCCUUGUGUACGGAGUUCAAAUCAUGUGGCUCUCCCUUAUCACUGUGACCCAGUCCGCUACCUUUAGUGCACCACCUUACAACUUCAGCAUGGCCAACGUCGGUAACACAAACUUUGCGGCUUUCAUUGGCGGUAUUCUAGGUAUGGUUUGGGGAGGCUACGUUUCCGACUGGUGUAUCCUUCGCCUUUCUCGUCGCAACAAAGGGAUCCUAGAACCAGAAUUCCGUCUUUGGACCAUGCUUAUCCCUGCUAUCAUCAAUACCGGUGGCCUCUUUAUGUACGGCCUGGGAUCACUUUAUGGAGUUCACUGGAUUCUUCCAGCCGGAUUUGGGAUGGCUUUAAUUGGCUUUGGCAUUGGAAGUGGUGCAGCCAUUGCGAUUACGUAUGCGGUGGACUGUUAUCCUCGCGUUGCAUCAGAAGCCCUCGUCCUGAUGCUCUUUAUCCGAAAUCUCAUUGGUACUGGUUUUACCUUCGCUAUCGAGCCCUGGCUGGAACACAAUGGUUUGCGAGAUACAACUAUCAUUAUGUCGAUGGUGUGCUUGGCUACAAACAUGUCCUUUCUCCUCAUGGUGUGGAAAGGUAAAAGCAUGCGGGAAUGGACCGCUAAAAGGUAUUUCCGUAUGGCGCAAGCAAAGAAUAAAUUGGCUGUUGGAUCCUGA